CAUGAUGUAUUUACAUUAUAUUCAUACCUCUUUCAGCUUCAGUGUUGUUGUCUCUCUCCAACGUUGAACGUCGAGUAGUGCUGUUGGAAAAGUGUUUACGUUAUACACUGGAAAUUUGCUGCGCAGAAAUUCCUCGAGAUUUAUUAUUGUGAACCAUCGGCAAUGGCAGAGGACUUGAUGCAAGCAUUGGUCUUUGAUGUUGACACAAAGACCAACACGCUGACCCAGAAACCUGUACCCAGGGAAUUGGCACCUAAUGAAGUGUUGGUCAAGGUCUCAGCCACGGGGAUUUGUGGCACGGAUUUACAUGGAAUGAAAGGAGAAUUUCCAUUGAAGAAAGGUGGCGUCGUCAUGGGACAUGAAAUUAGCGGAGUGGUGAUUUCAGUUGGCACGAAAGUGAAUCACGUGAAACCCGGCGAUCGGGUUGCUAUAGAUCCCAACAGGGAUUGUGGAAUUUGCUGCUAUUGCACACGAGGCAAGAGCAAUUUCUGCGAAAUAUUGGGCAUCAAGGAAAACACCGGCCUCUUUUUGGACGGCGGAUUUGCGGAUUAUGUUCGUGUGGAAGCAGUGCAAGUUCAUCCUUUACCGGAAACGAUCGACUUGGAGACA